AGUGCUACGGCUAGACAUUGUGUUCUAAUGGCGAUGCAUCAACAUGGAUGUUGCCUUUUGCAACGCUGUCUAGAACACUCCGGUGGAGCACACAGAGUAAAUAUUACCAUGCAAAUAGUUGAUCAUGCCUUCUCCCUUGCACUAGAUCCCUUUGGCAAUUAUGCGAUUCAGUACGUCCUGAAGAAAAGAUCACCAAUCGUAAAUUCACGACUGGUAUCGCAAUUUUCAGGAUAUUACAUAACACUGUCGAUGCAGAAGUUUAGCAGUAAUGUGGUGGAGAAAUGCUUGGAGUGCUUUGAAGAAGAAGGCCAGGCCGGAAUUGUACAGGAAUUGCUAUCGGUGCCUCGGUUUGAAGAGCUACUCCAAGAUCAAUAUGCAAAUUAUGUCAUCAAAGCCGCGCUUAACCACACACAGGGAUAUCUCCGAGCUGAACUUGAAGCUGCAAUUCUGCCUCACAUUGCGCUUCGAAACCACCCUCACUGUAAGAGGAUCUUCUCUAUCGUUCUCGGAAAGCAUUAAUGCGAGUGUGUGCGGAUCGAAGGCUCUAGGGACAUUGUUGUUAGGUUCUUAAUUCUUAUUGUUGUUGCAUCUUUAAUUGCAAAAUGAAAUUAGUUUCUUUAUGUGUUGAAUG